ACUGGAGAAGCAGAGGAGUGUAGAGGCAGAGGGGUAGGCAGGCUGGCCCAUGGCUGAGGCCUUGCUCCCAGAGCUGGAGGGAGAUGCCGAAGCCACGCCUUGCCCCAGUGUCCUGGAGCUAGAGGAGCUCCUCAGGGCAGGGAAGGCCUCUUGCAGCCGUGUGGAUGAAGUUUGGCCCAAUCUUUUCAUAGGAGAUGCGGCCACGGCAAAUAACCGCUUUGAGCUGUGGAAGUUGGGCAUCACCCACGUGCUGAACGCCGCCCAUGGGGGCCUCUACUGUCAGGGCAGCCCUGAUUUCUACGGCAGCAGUGUGAGCUACCUGGGGGUGCCAGCCCACGACCUCCCUGAUUUUGACAUCAGCACCUACUUCUCCUCUGCAGCUGACUUCAUCCACCGUGCCCUCAGCACACCUGGGGAGUCUGUCCUUACUGCCUGCCACAGGGCUCUGCCACUUUGCGGCUCUGGCACUGACCCUGCUGGUGCUUUUGGAGGCUGUGGCCCAUGUGGAUGCCAAGAAGAUGCUAAGAGCCCAGCGUGGGAUCAAUCCUCGAGUCUGCCACUCCAUCUACUUCCUCCUGUAUCCCUCACCCCAUCUUGGUCACUGGCUUCAGUCCCUACAGAAACAGCAUCAAAUGUGCAGAGACAGGCGGCUGGAAGCUGGCAGCACAAAUCGCCUGUCAGAGAAGACCACAGCCUGCGUGGGACACCCCCUCAGGAUGAACUCACUGCAGAAGCAGGAUCUCCGGAGGCCCAAGAUCCACGGGGCAGUCCGGGCAUCUCCCUAUUCACCACCCACGCUGGCCUCGCUGCAGCGCUUGCUGUGGGUCCGCCGGGCCACCAUGUUGAACCAUAUCAAUGAGGUCUGGCCCAACCUCUUCUUGGGAGAUGCGUAUGCUGCCCGGGACAAGAGCCAACUGAUCCAGAUGGGUAUUACCCAUGUUGUGAAUGUUGCUGCAGGCAAGUUUCAAGUGGACACAGGUGCCAAGUUCUACCACGGAAUGCCCUUGGAGUACUAUGGCAUCGAGGCUGAUGAUAACCCCUUCUUUGACCUCAGUGUCUACUUUCUGCCUGUUGCUCAAUAUAUCCGAACUGCCCUCAAUACUCCCCGAGGCCGCGUGCUGGUACACUGUGCCAUGGGGGUAAGCCGCUCCGCCACACUUGUCCUGGCCUUCCUCAUGAUCUACGAGAACAUGACACUGGUAGAGGCCAUCCAGACGGUGCAGGCCCACCGAGAUAUUUGCCCCAAUUCAGGCUUCCUCCGGCAGCUCCAGGUUCUGGACAACCGGCUAGGGCGGGAGACGGGGCGGCUAAUGACCUGACAAGCAGCCCAGAGCCCUGGCUCUCCAUCCAGCAUAGCCCAACCUGACUAGCCUAGACCUGGGGAUGGCAGCCUCUGCUGUUUCCAGAGACCCUGAGAUGUAAACAGCAAGUAGGGGCUUAGCUGAGGCAGGGGCAGGGAGAGCUGGGUGGUGACCUUUAGCAGGUGGAUUCCCCAACCCAAUCAGAGAUUCUUUAUGCAAAAGAGAAUUCAGUCUGUCUCUAUAAUAAAACGUUCAUCAGAAUAAA